AUGGCGGCGUCUCUCCUGGCGUCCGCGCUCUUCCUGCUCUCCUCGCUCAUCUCCGCCAUCCUCUUCUCCCCGCACUCUCCCCCCCUCCUCCUCGCGCUCCCGGGGGAAGUGCGCCGGAUCUUCCUCCCCGCGCUCGUCCCGUCCGCGAUCGCGCGCGCGAGUGCCAGGGGCGGAUGGGUGGGGGGAAGGCAGCGCUUGGGUCUGCCGUCUUUCAUCAUUGCAGCUGAUGGUGCAGCCCAUCCGUCCCUCCGCAUGGUUCCACCUGCUCAGUCCGACCUCCCUGCCGAGGCUGUACUGGGGGAGGCUGUAUCUGGCGCGCGAAUGGCUCUUAUCCUCUCCUUUCAGGGCGUCUUAUCUCAUUCCCCUUUCUCUCUUCGUUCUUUCCCCUUUCUCCUCUCCUUUUGGGGCGUCUCAUAUCACUCUUCUCUUUCCCCUUCCUUCGUUCCUUUCUUUCCCUCUGCAGCAGCCCAUCCGUCCCUCCGCAUAGUUCCGCCUGCUCAGUCCGACCUCCCUGCUGAGGCUCUACUGGGGGAGGCUGUAUCUGGCGCCGUGCAUGGCACUCCAACCAACAAGAGGGAUGGUUCCAGGCCCCCCCUUUCCCCGGCCCCUGAUGCAAGCCUGGCGGAUGCUGGCGUGGGGGGGCUUGGAGAGGGGGGACGCGGAGUAGGAGUUGUUCUCCCUGCCGUUGAUGUGAGUGCAGGAGGGGAGAGGGAGGAGCAGGAGCAGGAGCAGGAACAGAGGCAGGGACAGGCAGAGCUGCAGCAACAGGAGGAGAGGGGUGUGGGGAGGGAUGAGGAGUGGAAUGCGGCAGUGGAGAGGGCAGUGGAGGAGGCGGUUUCAGAUGCCUUCUCCCGCGCCCAGUUCCUGCUCGCCUCUCUAGAUUCCGUGCGCCGGGCAGGUCGGGCAGCUCAGAAAGCUUUUUCUGACCGGAGCUUUGUUGCCCUGGUGGAGGAAGAAUUGGUUUUGCAUUUUGGGGAGGAGGAGAUGGAGGGGGAUGGGGAGGGAGGCCAAAAGAUUAGUGAGAAGGGGUUGAGGGGCGUUGAUGUGGAUGUAGGGGGGAGAGUGGGUGAGGAGGCAAGGCGGAGGGCUGAGGCAGUGGUAAGAACAGUGGUGGUGAUGAUGGGAGAGAGGGGGGAGGAGGGCGUGGAAAGUUCUAAGAUGGGCGCAGAAGGGGAGGAAGAGGAGGGAGAGGGAGGGGAGGAGGCAGAGGAGGGAGAGGAGGAGGGAGGGGAGGGAGCUGCUGGUGGUUCUACUGGUAGGCGCUUCAGGCUUGCAGAAAGGCUCAAGGGAUUGGGAGACGUGGCACGAGACAAGGUGUGGGACAUGGCCGACUCGCUUCUCUCUCGCUUGCGGGCUGCCGGGCAGAAAGUUGUCAGUGCGGAAGAGUUUCUUGCUGCCCGGGCGAGGUACGCUGCUGCCCGGGUGCACGAUGCUGGCAAGCGUGUUUUGGAUCGUGUGGUGGAGAGCGGUCGGGCAGCCAGGGAAGAUGCUGAGGCUGCCCGAGAUGCUGUGAUCGCGACCGGCCGGGCAGCAAAAGAAAAGUUCGAGGCAGCUUGGGAAAAAGCGCAUGGAGCCGGGCAGGCUGCUGUGGACACAACAGUGGGAUUUUGUGCCGGGGCAGCGGAGUUCGGGCAGGAAGCAAUUGACAGGUGCAGGCAGGCCGGGCAAACUGUGUGGGAGGGCGGAAAAAAAACAGUUGGGGCAGUGGAAGGAGGAGUGAAGGGCGCAGUGGAGGGAGUGAGGGAGGUGGUGGAGGGGGUAGAGGAGGCAGUAAAGGAUGUGAGUGAGAGAGUGAAGGGAGUGGGGAGGUGUGUGGUGGAGGAGGGGUUUCUGCCACACACUCAUGGCCAUGGUCAUGGGCAUGGGCAUAAGAAUGAAGAGGCGGGAGCACCAUCCUCCCCUGCAGCACCCACGGCCUUCCUUGGUCCAGUGUAUGAUGUAGCCACAGAGGCUGUACGCAUGGAGCAUGGGGGGGAGGGGGAGUGGGGGGAAGAGGGGGUGGGGGAAGGUGCGGUGGGGCAGGUGGGGAGCGCAUGGGAUGCUGCAAAGGGUCGUGUGGAGGAAGGUGCGGAGAAUCUGCGGAGUGAGAUGAAGGAAGGUGCGGAGAAGUUGCAGGAGGAGGUGAAGGAAGGUGCUGAGAAAUUGCCGGAAAGGUUGAAGGAAGGUGCUGAGAAAUUGCCAGAAAGGGUGAAGGAAGGUGCUGAGGGAGCAUGGGAGGAGGCGAGGGAGAGAGGCAGCAAGAUGGGAGAGAAAGUGAAGGAAGGUGCUGAGAAGGCGUGGGAAGAGGUGAGGGAAGAGGGCAGCAGGGUGGGUGGGAAGAUGAGGGAGAAAGCUGAGGAGGGAUGGGAAGCAGUGGAGGGGGCUGGGGAGAAGAUGAGGGAGGGGGUGAGGAGGGAAGGGGGAGGCGAAGGGGAGGAAGGGGAGAUGGGGGAUGGGGUGUGGAUGGAAUUGCAAGGAGUGCGGUUUUUCCAGCCAGUACGAGAUGCAGUGCGUCCCAAGAAGGCCGACGGCAAAGAGACAGCAACAGGGGAAGCAGCAGAGGCAGAAGGGACAGAGGGAGCAGAGCAGCAGGAGCAGAUGCAGCAGUGGGAGCAGUGGGAGAGGGUGAACCCACCCUUCCCCUCUAGUGCUCUAAUGUCCCGCCUGCCCCUUUGGUUCCAACGCCUCGUACUGCCCAUCCCCCUCCUCUCCCACCUCUCCUCCCUCCCCACCUCGCCUCCUCUCCUCGUCCCUGCUCUCAUCCGCACAGCCCACCUCGCUGCUUUCUCUCUCGCCUACACGCUCACUCUCGUCCUCACCUUCCUGCCCAUCGGGCAGCUCCGAAAUGUUUUCUCACCUUCGCCUGCCCAGUUGGGUUCGAUGGUCGAGCGGGCGGUUCUUAGGGUGCUCUUUGCCACGUCAGCACUCUGCCUUCUCUCCCUAUCCCUCGCACACUCCGGUAAUCCCCUCUCCCCCUUCCUCCCUUCUCCGUCGCCUCUCCUUAGCCCUGCGUGGAGAGAAGGGGGGGAAGAUGAGGAGAGUGGCGGAGGAGAGCGGGAAGCAUGGGUGGAGGGGGCAGGGGGGAUGGGAGGGGGAGUGGCGGAGUGGGGGAAUGAGUUGCAGCUGUGGCUGCUGGCGGCAGCAACGGUGUUGUCAGCACUGCUGGCGCUCAUUCUGCAACCGCUGCUGUCCUAUAGCAUGGAGGAAGCAGCAGCGCUCGCUCGCGGCCCCUCCUCUCCCACGCCUCACCACAAGCGCCCCCGCUACUCCUGGCGUCUGCGCCGCCACUCUGCACUGCAUGCCACCACACCAGCAGCACCAGGAACCCCUCCGCAAACCCCUCAACCUCCGGCUACUACUCAUGCGGCUCACAUCGGUGAAGCGCCUAUUCCUCCCGCUGCUUCGUUUGCCGAAGCUACUGCUGCAGUGGUCUCUUCUUUCGUCUCGGAGGGAGCAGCAAUGGCAGCACAAGAGCUUCCUACUGCUGCUGCUGCUGCUAGGCCAGCACAGGAAUCAGAGGCAGUGGAAGGGACGGAAGGGGAGGGUGUGGAAGGGACGGGAGGGGAGAGGGUGAUGGGGCAGCAGCAGCUGCUGCAGCAGUGGCAGCAGAAGCUGCAGUGGCGGGUGCGGGUGCUGACUGUGCUCAAGAGUGUGGCGACUCACGCCCUGUUGGCGGUGCUUACGUGGCACCUGUGGCACCUGGCGUGUCGUGUGCUCAUGUAA